GGGUUUGUGAAUGGAGAAUCCUGCAAGAUGGCGACUAAUGCAACUGCUAUAAACUUACCAUCUUUUGAUUGUCCAACAUGGGCAGGCAAGCCCCCUCCAGGACUCCAUUUGGACGUGAUGAAAGGGGACAAAAUGGUCGAGAAACUGAUCAUUGACGAGAAGAAGUACUACUUAUUCGGGAGGAACCCGGACAUGUGUGAUUUCACCAUCGACCACCAGUCAUGUUCACGUGUGCAUGCUGCCCUGGUCUACCACAAGCACCUGAAGAGGGUGUUCCUUAUCGAUAACAACAGCACGCAUGGUACCUUCCUGGGACACAUCCGCCUGGAGCCCAAUAAGCCUCAGCAGGUCCCCAUAGACUCCACCAUGUCGUUUGGGGCGUCCACGCGAGCCUACACCAUCCGGGAGAAACCUCAGAGCCAGCAAGGAACCAACGCCGCCACGGGGGACAGCAAGGCCGGAGAGGACGAGGAGGGGUCUAAGGGUCUCUUAGGGUUACCAGAGGAGGAGACCGAGCUAGAGAACCUGACGGAGUUCAACACGGCGCACAACAAGCGCAUUUCCACCCUGACCAUCGAGGAGGGCAACCUAGAUAUCCAGAGACCUAAGAGGAAGAGGCGGAACUCAAGAGUCACCUUCAACGAGGACGAUGAGGUCAUCAACCCGGAGGACAUUGACCCUUCAGUGGGGCGCUUCAGGAACAUGGUGCAGACUGCUGUCGUCCCUAUAAAGAAACAGAAAAUGGAGAGGCACGGCUCACUUAGUAUGGACGACGUUGUCACGAGGCGCAUCCACAACUACACCUUCGGCGGCGGCCUUUACGGGGACCUGCCACCCACCAGCCACGAGGGUCACCCCACCGGGGCCCCGAGCGGCGCCACUAUCCUGGGCGGUCUCCCUCUGCCCUUCCCAAACCCAGCCCCAGAGGUGAACCUGGCCCCGGACGCCCCCCAGCCACCUGUCACCCUCAACCCUGUCCCAGUCACAGGCCCCUAUCCCUCCGAGGUCCUCAACGAGCCCCGCAAGAAAAAGUAUGCCAAAGAGGCAUGGCCAGGCAAGAAGCCCACUCCCUCCUUACUAAUCUAACCCUCUCCCUACACUACGGCUCUUUCUCAAUUUGUCUUUCCUCUAUUCCUUGCGUCCUCUCUCAUGCAUUGGAGAAGAUCCAAGGCUGUUUCCUCUUGGACCUUCUCCAAUAUAUUUUGAGUCUGAGGCGAGGAGAGGACACGAGGAAUCCAGGGAAGCCGAAUGGGGAAAGAGCCUAUGUGGUGGAGGCAGGGCUGACUCUCAGGGUAUGGGCGGAGACAUCAGGGACCAUGACCCGUUGGAAGCGGAUUGAUUUGACUUAUAAGACUGUUUUGGGGAUUUUAUAGUUUUGUCAAUGUUUUCUACGUGGACACCUACUAUGUUUUCUUCCUCGUUCUCCCAAAGACUUGAGUAGUACAUUCCAUGAAGACAGAAACACCACUCCUUCGGGAGCUGAAUGUUUGAUGCGUUUUACAAAUUAAGUCAUAUAAAAAAAAAAAAA